UCCUCCUUACUCCCUCUCUCCUCCCCCCUUCUCCUCUCCUCUCCUCUGUGACGGCCGGUGACGUGAGGUGAGGCUCCGGUCCGGUCCGGUGCCGCUGCCGCCCGGCUGCAGCCUCGCCUCGCCCCCGCUCCGCACACACACACUGCCCGCGGCCGGAGCCGCCAUGGCUGCAACCACCCCCGACUUUAACAUCCUGCUGGCCACCGAUUCCUACAAGGUCACCCACUUUAAACAAUAUCCACCAAACACCAGCAAAAUCUACUCUUACUUUGAAUGCCGGAAAAGAAAAAAUGAUGAGUUCAAAGAAAUUGUCUUCUUUGGCUUACAGUAUAUUCUGAAGAAAUAUUUAUCAGGUUCAGUUGUGACAGAGGAAAAGAUUCAGCAAGCCAAACAAAUCUAUCACCUUCAUUUCAAGCACUCUAUCUUUCACGAGGAUGGAUGGCGGUACAUUUUAACGAAACACAAAGGACACCUACCAAUCCGAAUUAAAGCUAUUCCUGAAGGGAGCAUCAUUUCACGGGGAAAUGUCCUUUUUACUGUGGAGAACACAGACCCUGAUUGUUUUUGGCUGACAAAUUACAUUGAGACGACUCUUGUUCAGGUCUGGUAUCCGAUCACCGUUGCUACCAUCUCCAGAGAGUUCAAGAAGAUAAUAGCUCUGUACCUGAAGAAAACCACUGGUGGUUUGGAUGAUCUGGAGUUCAAGCUACAUGACUUUGGUUAUCGGGGAGUUUCAUCACAGGAGUCUGCAGCUCUCGGAGGCGCGGCGCAUCUGGUGAACUUCCAAAGCACAGACACGGUGGCAGGGCUGGUGUUGGCCCAACAGUUCUACAACUGCCGAAUGGCCGGGUUUUCAAUCCCUGCAGCAGAGCACAGUACCAUCAUUGCAUGGGGCAGGAGUCGGGAGAAGGAUGCCUUCGAGUAUUUGCUCCAACAGUUUCCGUGCAAUCCCAUUUCCGUCGUCAGUGACAGCUACGACAUUUUCAAUGCCUGUCGGCAGAUCUGGGGAGGUGACCUGAAGGACAAAGUCAUGCGACGGAACAAGGAUUCCGUGCUCGUUAUCCGACCCGACUCUGGCGACCCGGUCAAGACCGCCAUUGAGGUUCUGAGAAUUCUGGAAGAAGUCUUUGGAAGCACUCCCAACAGCCUGGGAUAUAAGACGUUGCCAGCCUACAUCCGACUCUUUCUGGGAGAUGCUAUCAACCUGGGUUCCAUAGAAGAAAUCCUAAUAGCUUUGAAGAAGGAACACUGGAGCACUGAGAACCUAGCGUUUGGGUGCGGAGGUGCACUCCUGCAAAAGCUGAACAGAGACACCUUGAACUGCUCUUACAAAUGCAGUUACGUUGAACAAAAUGGAAAAGGGCUGGAUGUCUACAAACAGCCAGUGACUGACCCGGCCAAAGUUUCGAAGAAGGGCCGACUAAUCUUGCGGAGAAAUCCGGAUGGAAUCAUUGAAACGGUGGAGGAAGGGAAGGGCAAUCCGGAGGAGGACCUCUUGGUUGCUGUUUUUGAAAACGGGAUCGUACUCCAGGACUACACACUCGACAAGGUUCGAGAAAAUGCAAAGCUCCAUCCAGCCUGUUGACCUGCAGUGGCGUGAGCAGGCGAGAGAACUGCCCGAUAAAAUCUGUUAACCGGUGAUUCACCUUCAACAACAAAAAUGCAGUUGUCUGGAAGUACUAACUAUCGAACUGUGGGGCUGCUUUAACAAACAGAGUCAGAAACCAGCAAAGAUUACAGUUAGUGAUUUUCACCAACCCACCCAAAGAAACGAGACGAGUUUGAAGAUUUCAUGUGUAAAAUUAUUCAGUUAAAAACUCAAAACCAUAGCAUGUUUUAUUAAAAUUUUGAUAAAUCAGACGUGUAAUGUUUGACUGAAGAAACAAAAGUAGUUUGAAGAUUUCAUGAGUAAAAUUAUUGAGUAAAAACUCAAAACCAUAACAUGUUUUAGAGCAAUUUUGAUAAACUUGACGUAAUGUUUCACUGUCGACAAAAAAUGCUGGAGAAACUCAGCGGGUGAGGCAGCAUCUAUGGGGGAAAAGGAGUAGGCGACGUUUUGGGUCGAGAACCUUCUUCGUAGUCGAAGGGAGGUCGAAGGAGGUCAUCUUCACUCUCCACUAUUCGGUGUCCAAUUAUCCCGAAGUUAGUUGUAGCUAGUCGAAGCUGGUCUUCAACAUAGUCGAAGGAGGUCUUCAACAUGUAAUUUUUUCAAACUUUUCUAAACUUGCCAAUUAGGUCGCCCAAGUGGGACAGCCCCUUAACUAUAUACGGCAUGCUGGUCUGUGCUGUUUCCUAACAUCACAAACCAUGUUUGACCUAUGCCCCACACCUGGGCAGCACGGUGGCACAGCGGUAGAGUUGCUACCCCUCAGUGCCAGACACCCAAGUUUGAUCCUGUGCGGAGUUUGUACAGUACGU